AUGUCUCGAAGCGGGCCUGCAUACUUCGAAUCCUAUCUCGUAUUCCCCAAUACAUCCCGGUUUAUUCUCGACGUAAAUUUGGGUAAUGACUCGGUUACGAUUGCCCAAAAUCAGAUUGAGGCAGGAAUCAAGUACCUUGGAUGGGAUAGGAUAUUCGCAAUACAGCUCGGGAAUGAGCCAGACCACUAUGCAGGAUGGACCUCGGCUGUAUUCACCGCGAAAUUUCUGAAUUGGACUUCCACCCUAACCAAAGCGCUCAAUCUCCCAGCUGGUAUCUUCCAGGCUAAUGGGUUUGCUGAAGACCCCACGAGUUCGGCUCCAAUGACAACUGUCUCAACCAUCAACCAAGGAAUUGACAAAACUGGCGUUAUCAAACUAUUCGAUCAACACACAUAUCAAUAUUCCACGUGUGACCCCGCCCGGAACGCCAAAGCAACGCUUGAGGCCCUUGUGAAUCAUGACAACAUUACCGCGUACCUCGAUUUGUGGAAACCCCAGAUCGCAGCAGCACGGGGGGUGGGGAAGGAGUUUGUCAUUGGCGAAUACAGUUCCAUCUCGUGUUCCGGCAAACAGAAUGUGUCAGAUACGUUUGGGCAAGCAAUGUGGCUCUCAGACACCAUACUGUACGCUGCCUCGUUAAACGUGUCGCGUAUGAGCUCAAAGCAUCAAUGCGAGUAUAUUAAUAAUGAACUUUCACGUAGUCCCGGGUUCUCCUGGUAUGAUUUGUGGUACCCUGUGCAAAGCGAGCGGUACGGGGCGCCUCGCGCUUCGCCAUCGUACGUUGCGUACCUCCUUAUUGCAGAAGCCGUCGGAAAGUCCGGGAGGUCUCGUCUCGCCUUGAUUCGGAUUCUUCUCUUCCGUCGACGCUGGCAGUAUAUGCGAUCUGGGAUCCUAGCUCACGUACCGAUGGCAUCGCGCGCAUAUAAUUCUCAACAUGUCUCUGCGAAGACAGAAUGUUGCUGCGGACGAGGCUUGACCGUUACCGUGGAUGUUAGUAAAUAUCUAAGGAGAGGCAGUCCCGCCGCUAAGGUUAAACGGAUGACCUCGCCUGGAGUGGAGAGCAAGGAUUCGGGCCGGGUGACUUGGGCAGGCCAGUCAUACUCGGCUGGGGUGCCGGUGGGGACUGAGGUUGUGGAGCGACUAAAUGCGGGGAAGGUCAAUGUUCGUGGAAGCGAAGGUGUGCUGAUCACAUUUUGA